GGGAGACGCCAGUGCAAAUCGCUCGAGCGAGCUCACUGGACGUGCGUGUUAUUCUACGACGUGUAGCAGUAGACCGUUACUUCCCAACAUUGUCCCAGACACAAAUGUACUAAAUGCUGCGCAGGUUGAGGAAGGCAGACCUGAGGCACGAGGUUCCUGUACACCACCAGCCUCAUACCACCAGCAUACUGCCUGUCCUCUCUCUCGAUCUACCCUAUGCACCAUUUGUCGUUGAAGAGAUAUGUUACACUGCCCCCUCUUGAUGGCUGAACGCCAUUACAAGUGCACCUCGAAGGCAGGUGGGGGACACUAAUUCGGAAGGCGCGCAAUCUUUUUCGAGAUGUCGGACGGUCCCAGACAGCGAGGCGCGGCCUCUCCUUCCAAGGAUGCUGCCGGCGAGGAGUCCGGAGAAGGAGGAGGAGGAGUUGCGCUCAAGAAGGAAAUCGGCCUUGUGAGCGCCUGCGGUAUUGUCGUUGGUAACAUUAUUGGCUCCGGAAUUUUCGUCAGUCCGAAGGGCGUGCUGGAGAACGCCAGCUCUGUGGGCGUGGCCCUCGUCGUGUGGAUCAUCACGGGCAUCAUCACCGCCAUCGGGGCGCUGUGCUACGCCGAGCUGGGCGUCACCAUCCCCAAGUCGGGGGGGGACUACUCCUACGUGAAGGACAUUUUCGGAGGCUUGGCCGGGUUCCUGCGCCUGUGGAUUGCCGUGCUGGUGAUCUACCCGACCAACCAGGCCGUGAUCGCGCUGACGUUCUCCAACUACGUCCUGCAGCCGCUGUUCCCCACCUGCUUCCCGCCGGAGUCCGGCCUGCGCCUGCUGGCUGCCGUUUGCCUCCUGCUGUUGACCUGGGUGAACUGCUCCAGUGUGAGGUGGGCGACCAGGGUGCAGGACAUAUUCACGGCGGGGAAGCUGCUGGCCCUGGCCCUCAUCAUCAUUAUGGGCAUCGUGCAGAUCUGUAAGGGGGAGUACUACUGGUUGGAGCCAGCCAAUGCCUUCGAGCCCUUCCAGGACUACGACGUGGGAUUGCUAGCCUUAGCCUUCCUACAAGGCUCCUUUGCCUACGGGGGUUGGAACUUCCUCAACUAUGUCACAGAGGAGCUGGUGGAUCCUUACGUGAACCUCCCCCGCGCCAUCUUCAUCUCCAUCCCGCUGGUGACCUUCGUCUACGUCUUCGCCAACGUUGCCUACGUCACGUCCAUGAGUCCACAGGAGCUGCUGGCCUCCAACGCCGUUGCCGUGACGUUUGGCGAGAAGCUUCUGGGUGUGAUGGCGUGGAUCAUGCCCAUCUCUGUCGCUCUGUCAACCUUCGGGGGAGUCAACGGUUCCCUCUUCACGUCGUCAAGAUUGUUCUUUGCUGGGGCCAGAGAGGGACACCUCCCGAGUCUGCUGGCCAUGAUUCACAUCAAACGUUGCACUCCUAUCCCGGCUCUGCUCUUCACCUGCCUGUCCACGCUGCUCAUGCUGUGCACAAGUGACAUGUACACCCUCAUCAACUACGUAGGAUUCAUCAACUACCUCUUCUACGGUGUCACCAUCGCCGGGCAGAUUGUGCUGCGGAUAAAACAGCCCAACUUGCACAGACCCAUCAAGAUCAGCCUGAUUUGGCCGGUGAUUUACCUCCUCUUCUGGGCCUUCCUGGUCAUCUUUUCGGUUUACUCCGAGCCCGUGGUGUGCGGCAUCGGCCUGGCCAUCCUGCUCUCCGGCGUGCCCGUCUAUUUCCUGGGCAUCUACUGGGACAACAAGCCAAAGUGCUUCGACGCGUUUGUCGACAAGAUGACAUAUUUGGGUCAGCGGUUUUGCUUGGUGGUUUAUCCCGCCCAGACGCCGGACGACGGCGACGAGGGCGAGGAAAUGAAGGAGGCCAGGUCCCCUCUGUCCAAAGAGCACGCCGAAAACAACAAAUCGGCGGACUACUGAAGCCACAAAGUCUGUGCCGCAGUUCGACGUGGAUUUACUGCUCAACACGCGUACCCCCUCUCUUACUGCAUACCUUCAGUUGCAUCUUUUUGUUUUUUUUGUAUCUCUGUGCCAAACAUGCUGUGACAUUCUUAAGAGCAAUGUUGCCCCCAUUAUCGUUCACCAGGGGAUUUUUUUUCCCCAAGUGUGCGAUAAAAAACAGGUUCGCUCAUCGUCUUCACACUCCUGUAACAGAAUCAUCCUAAUAGUUUCUUAUUAUUAUUGAUAAAUGACUUCACUGUGAGGACUUUUUUUUUUUUUUUUACACUUUUAAUUCAAUCUUGUACAUUUGUUCUUUUUCCCCCCACAUAUUCAAAACACCAAAAUUGAUUGUCUAAAACCAAAAGCUUUCACGUGGUGAAGUAUGUGAAGCGCAAAAAUUCCAGAAUGCAAUUCUUGUUUUGUCAUUGUUUCGGGGUCGAUUUUGUUUUUUGGGCGAUAUUUUAGAUGUUAUGUGUUUAAUUUUAGUUCGCUGUAUAGCACGCAGAUGAUACGUGAUGUCGUUUGUCUUAAUUUCAUGACAUUUUGUUCGUCCUCGUGUAGGACUUUGAUAAAAUACAAAAAAGUCAUUUAUUUGCCCAUUUUAGUGGCUUUUUGUGUAGUUCGAACCAUGCGCAUAACAGCACGGGCACCCCCCCCCUCACCACUACAUUUGAAUUGUUUACGCAUUUAAUCCCGCCGACACCUGAAUGCCUGUGUGGAUAACACUGAAUGGAGAAGAAAACGAAAAGGCAUUGAUUGCCUUCUCUAAAGUAUUUUUGUAACCAACCAUUUAGCUGUUUUAGGCAGAGCAUUAAGAGUUGGGGAAAAAAUCUAAUUAAACACGCACCUUUAAAUUGUACCAGUUGUAUGAUUGUUGAUAUACUGUAUCAUGUCCAGACGUGUUCCUCAUACUCCUGUACACUUUCUGCAAUAAUCAUCUCGGUUUCUCAGGGCAACCCAGCCUCCUUAAAUACGCUGCACACACACAAAAAACGCUAAACAUCUGUACAGGUGCUACUUUGAUAUUUAUUCCUCUCAGGAGUCCCACGGUCCCCCCGGAAAAAAAACCAAAAUUGGAAAUAUAAGCAAUGUUGGGCCAGUUUUGUGUCCGUUUCUCUUGUUUCAAGUGUGUCUUUACAGUGACAAUGCUGAGAUGAUGUGCCUGUUAACGUUGUGUACACGGUUGAACGUCUCCUAGCAAAUAAAACACACUGACAGAUGUCUUUUGGAAUCUGUAA